AAGAAGCUAAAGUAUAGUGACUUUUAGUACUCGAAAUAAACAAACAAGAACAGAGUGCAUUAAAGUUAAGAUAGUACCGGUUCUUUGGUGCAAAUUUGGAACCUUAUUCAGCUUUCACAUAAUCGGAUGAGAUGAUGUGCAUGAAUUGUGAUUAAUAUUAAAUAACAAGUGUGUUUUUGGAAUUCAAUCUACACCUACGAUGCUAUAUUAUGAUUCCUCCACGAAUAAUCACCAAAUGGAACGUUUCAAAGAGCCUCUAUCACCAAAACCCCAUAAAAUAUUGAGUUAUUUAUACAAGUGACCUUUAAACCGCCUUCUAAAUUUAAUUUUAUUUAUUUCAAUAUCAACGAUGUUGACUUCAACCGCUGUGAUAAUAUUUUUUUUAAUUAUUUUGGACAAUUAUGACUUUACAAACGGUUCGAGAUGGUACAAAUAUUCUCGUAGCGUGGACACUAGACAAUUCGUGACGUCUCGUAAUGUGGACAACGGUGCCGGACAAUUUUUGACUCAGAGUUUCGACUCUCGGCAAAGUCCGUGUCCGGGAGUGUUUCAGUACCACAAUGACGAAAACGGGAAUCUUGUAGGAGCUGUUAAAGUGGAUCAGACCGAUGUUGAUGGAAGAGUACAGCUGGAUAUUGAGUUAUCUGUUGGGAAUGGUGUACAGGGUUACAAUGGUAAAAUAGUCUUAGCCGACGAAAGGCAAAAGGUAAUCAACGCCAUAAUGCACCGCAACCCCAUUUACUACAGGGUGUUGUUUCCGUCAUGGCAAAACAUCCCUCCAAAAGUUACAAAAAUAGUGGUCAAUGGCAAUUUGAUUUGUAGCGGACCCAGAAUACCAAUUCAAAUGGUGCCAGUGUUAACGACAAUCAAUCUACAGCACAAGCUGAGUUUGGGUGUCACUCCUUUGAUCUCUUCUUCUGAUCCCACCAUUGACACUAGUUCCACUUUCAACAAUAUUGCUCCUAUAUUUAACACACAAGAAAACACCCAGUACCCAUUCGACGUACGAGUGGACCCAUCAUCGGCCAAUAACAAUAACAACAUUUUUAUCGACUUCAGUCCAAAUGGGCAUCCAAAGACCACUCAAAGUUCCCUCGUGAACGUUAAUAACCCCUUUAAUUUUAAUCCUUCGCCAGAUCGACCUUCAUCUGACGGUCGUAAACCUUCAACGACUUCAUCUAAUGCACGACCAACGCCAAAUAGCUUUCCUCAAAAUCCAUUUUUGAAUGGCUUAUCUACCCCGGAACCGCCUACAGAGGAUGGUGAUAUACAAAUUGUGAGCAAUAACCCAUUCCUCAACCAACGAACGGAUCGUCCAACUAUUGUCGCCACCACAAAUACACCUUCUAGAGGUGGAGCUACUGGCAUCUUAAAUAACGGUAACGUAAACGACGUCUGCGGAAGACCCAUAACAACAAAUUCGUUAAUCGUCAAUGGCCAGACGGUGCCGAGAGGCGCUUAUCCGUGGCUGGUAGCCAUUUUCAGACAACUAGAAAAUCUGAGUCUUAACUACAUUUGCAGUGGGUCAUUGAUAUCCGAAAAGCACGUCGUCACUGCUGCCCACUGCGUGAAACUGGAAUACAGACGAGUUAAACCCACAGAAAUUGUUUGCGUUUUUGGUAAAUUGAAUAUCAGAAAAUGGGUUACAUCUCCUGGCGAACGAAUGCUUGAACCCGACUUGAUUACAAUUCAUCCUGAUUAUGAAACUGGCAAAGCCAACGCCGACAUUGCCGUUAUGACGUUUCCAGAUCCGAUCCCAUUCAGUAAAAUGAUCAUGCCCGUUUGCCUUUGGCAAGGAAGUAGCGAUUUGAAUCGUGUAGUUGGCAAUAUUGGACAAGUUGUUGGGUGGGGUAGGGAUGAAAACGGUGAUGUCAGCACUGCGGAGCCUAGGCAAGUCAGUAUGCCGAUUGUUGAUCAGUUGGAGUGCUUGAAAGGCAGUAGUUCUUCUGCGGGACAGGCUUUGGUUGAAAUUGUGUCCAAAAACACUUUCUGUGCUGGUUUCAGGAAUGGUUCAGGUCCAUGUAACGGUGACAGUGGUUCGGCGUUUUUGCUAAGAAAAAAUGGAGUCUUCUUUUUGAGAGGAAUCGUUUCGACGGCAUUGUCGGAAGCGACGCACCGAUCCUGUAAUUUGCAAGAAUACGUCGUUUUCACGGAUGCAAGCAAAUAUUUAGACUGGCUCAAACGUAUUAUAAGACAAAAUUAGCCUGGCACAAUGAAAGAAGUAUACAUUCACUCACUCACUGCAAUUCACCAUGUUUAGAUCGAGGUUUAAAU